GCGAAAGGUACUUAUUGAUGUGAAACGGUGCCUGAGGCACAGUACUGAUGAGAGAGCCCCAUAACCAUCUUUCAAGGGAAAUCUGGAUUUUUCUUCUUACUUUACUUUGGAAAUUUGGAACCUCGUGUCACUCCUACAGCUGUUACAGAUGUCAAACUUUGGUAACCAUUCAUCUUUACUUUUUGGAAUCUGGACUCGUCUGAAAUCCUUCACAGUCAGAAAUCCUGUGAGAUUGUAUUCAUUUGUUUUCUAUCAGCGCUGUGAUUUCCUCUGGGAUACAAGCUUAAAACUGGGACUUUGUAGCCAAAAUCCAGACAUGCCAAAUGGAGCCAUUGUCCACAGCCCACAAGGUAUGUGUUCAGACGUGGAUACACACAGAAUCAAAGACGACGCAGAAGAAGAAGAUGAUGAUGAUGAGGUGGAACUAGCAGAGGAGGUUGGGGAAGAUGUUUUGAUGGUUGCUGAAGCAGAACAAAUUGAAGAUGAAAGUAAAGAAGAGAAUGAUUGGCAGGAAGGAGAGAUUACACAAGUGACCCUGUUAUCAGAUGGAGAAAUAGGAGAGGGGGAGGAUGAAUGUGAAGUACUGGGAGAGGAGGGGAAUGGAGAAAUGGGAGCAGGAGAUGGACAUCAAGAAAUAACAGCCACACUGACAGCAGACAAAGAAUCUGAAGAUACAAAGGUGGCUGAAAAUCUGUCUCUUUCUCCUCUAUUGGUUGUGGUUGAACGAGGGAAACGGCAAAUAUUAAACAGCAAUGGAGAUGAUGAAAAAGAAAACAAACAAGGGGGAGUAACAGCAAGCGCAGGAACAGAUGUAAGGCAGGAAAACAUGGACGAAGGUGCCGACGAUCACGUGUCCUGUCUUCAGGACAGAGGUACUUCUGUGUGGGAGUCAGGAGUGGGUACACUGUCAUGUACUGGUGGCCAAGACGAAACAGAAACUGCUACUUUGCCCACUGCUGGCAACAUAACAGAGGUUAAUCUGAACAUAGAAGUGGCUCCUUUUUCUACUGGGAUAAAUGAACAGGCCAGCAUCCAAGCUUCAGCUCUGGGCACUGAUGACACACCAGUCGAUAUAACUGCUACAGCUGAAGAGGUGGCCAAUCAAACCUACCAAUUAGAUAUUGAGAGUCAAAAUGAAAUAAAAAACAAUGAUGGAGAAGAUCCCUCAGAAUCCAUAAAACAGGAGGUUGUUAUUGAUAAUCUUACAUGGCAAUGCCAGGGAGUCCAGGAGUGUGUAAAUCAUGGCUAUGAGUUCCCCGUGAGAGCAGGAACCAAUCAAAUGGCACAAGAACCAGAGCUGACGGCCCUAACUUCUGAAGAACAGCCACAGUCAGAUGGAGACACUAAAGAAAACAGGACUGAAGACGUCACCCAGAAGGAGCAAGCAGAAGAGCAAGUUAACAACUUAGCAGAGAUGGACGGGGGAGGAAAGAGUUCAGAAAUGGAGGAGACGAUAGCCAAUAAUGUUUCUGGAGAGUUAAUGGGCCAAGAAGAGCACAGAACAAGAAAUGAUCUAGAAAUGCAAGAAGAAAAAGCUGCUAAGCUUGAAAUCCAAGCUAUAACAGUUCCUCCAGAACCAGUGGGCCAGACUGGAGAAGAGGUACAUACAGACACACAGGACCAGGUGGAGGAAGCUUCUCUAUCUGAGAAAGGCAUCGAGGUGAAGCUUGACGGGACAGAAGGAGAGGACAAAUCAGAGAAAAAUGAAUCCACAACAGAAGGGGGAAGUGCUUUACAAGAGCAUCCUUUGCAGCUCCUGAAAGAAGCAGACACAAUUUGGAGAAACAACACAAAAGAACAAACACAGACAGAGAUGCUUGUAGAAUUUGAGACUGGAGGAAGAGCAGUCGAAGAGUCAAUGGAAGAAGAAGUGGAGAUGGCAGAAGAGCCAGUCACCGUUCUUGAUGAUGAGACUGAAAUGAUGGAGGAGACGCCCAGUAAAAAAACAGAAGUACAUCCUUUCACCAUUAUGAGCGGUUCUGAUGAUGCCAUAGACAAGAUAAAAGAUGAAGAUCAUCAAGUGCUGCCAGGAGACGAGGCCAUACUGGGUAAAGAGGACAUGGAGACACAGGACGUGAAGCUAAAAGUGCACAACAGUGAGGCAGAGGCAGAUCUAAAUGGGAGCAUUAAAACACUGAAGCAAACAAUGGAGAACGGGUUCUUGUGUCCUGAGCCACAAGGUCUUAGGAAAGACGAACUGGGGAAAGUAAAGGUGCUGUCACCCAGGAGAAAAGAUAGAGACUGGAUUAAAAUAGAUCAACCAGAAGAAGAGAAGACUGCUGCUGAAAGGAAGGACUGGAGUAAAGAGCUGAGGCACAUCAAAAAAGAGUUCUGGGAGAACGAGCGGGGAAGGAAAGAAUGGGUGGAUAAAGAAACAUCAGCAGAAAAGAUCAGUUCACCGAGGAAGGCGGAUUGGAUAAAAGAGCUGAAGUCAGUUAUCAAAGAUGAAUCCCUGCCCAAAAAGAAAGACGAGCAGGUGAAGAAAAAGAGAGUGGUGCUGCUGGAACAUGGUUGCUCAUAUGUCCCUCAGCGGGAGGCGAUGACUGCAGAGGCGAGGGAAGAGAUCAAGUUGACCUCCGACAGGAGAGCGGACAGUCCUGCGGUCCCUGUGGACAGUAAAACACUGGAGAACCAGCCCUAUGAAAUCUCCCUGUAUGUCAAGGCAGGAAGUGAUGGACAGAGCAUCGGAAACUGUCCUUUCUCUCAGAGACUCUUUAUGAUCCUGUGGCUAAAAGGAGUCAUUUUUAAUGUCACCACAGUCGACCUCAAGCGGAAGCCGGCUGACCUCCACAACCUCGCUCCAGGAACCAACCCUCCUUUCGUGACCUUUAAUGGUGAAGUCAAGGUUGAUGUCAACAAGAUAGAAGAAUUCUUGGAGGAGAAGCUAACUCCACCCCGAUAUCCCAGACUGGCUCCCAAACAUGCUGAAGCUAACACAGCUGGCAUUGACAUCUUUGCCAAAUUCUCAGCGUACAUCAAAAACACAAGAAAAGACACAACGGAUGCCUUACAGAAAGCUUUGUUGAAGUCUCUUCAGCGCCUUGAUGACUUCCUAAGGACUCCCCUGUCUGAAGAGAUUGAUGCUGAUGUCUUAGGAGAUGUGCCAGAGUCAACUAGGAGCUUCCUAGAUGGGCCAGAGCUCACCUUGUCUGACUGCAACCUGCUGCCCAAACUCCACAUUCUAAAGGUUGUAGCUAAGAAAUAUCGUGGCUUUGAGAUCCCUCAGGAGAUGACAGGCGUGUGGCGGUAUUUGAGCUGUGCCUACCAGAGAGAGGAGUUCACCGGCACCUGUCCCGCUGAGAGGGAGAUUGAGUUUGCCUAUUUGCAUGUUGCAAAAUGAAUUAAACAAAAUGUAGGGCAGCGCAGAAAUCAAGGAAAUCAAGAAAUAUGAAAAGAACAUAAGGAAAACUAGUAAAGAGGAAAGCACUAACACACGUGUGUGUGUGUGUGUGUGUGUGUGUCAUCUCUAUCUUGACCAUUUUAAAAAUGAUGACAACACAACUACUUCACUUUUCAGAUAAUGGCAGGACCGUGUCACUGCAACACUGACUCUGACUGUUGUAUACUCUCUCUCUCUUUCACACACACACACACACACAGCGAGAGAGUGAGAGAGGCAGUCUCAAAGAUAACAAUUAUCGCAGCCUCAACUUUGUGAUCAAUAAAAACUCAGUUUAUAAGAAAUCAAAAUGAUCUUUUCAUCUUUUAUUCUCUUUAAAGUGAAAAUGUUAAUAAUGUUCAUUUCGCGCACCAUUAAAAUGCUUCCCAACAUGGAAAGAUCUUAUUUUUCCAGUGUGUGUUUACUCCUUAAGUAGUGAUUCCACUCUGUCACUGCUGAUUUAUAAUCACUGCUCAUGAUUUACUUCAUGAUAAUAGAAAAUUAAAAAAAUGAAAACACAAAGCAUUUGUUAGGUCUAGCAAAGAGCACAGUGUGUCUUAAUAAAACAGAUCAAUAACACACUGAUGUGUGCUCAUGCAGUGGGACUGUUUAGUGGAAUAAUCUCAGAAAUACUUUGAAUCUUUUGCUUGUCACUAGCUGUGGCUUUGAUUCUGGACUUGUCUACUGUAAAUGUGUUUUGAUGGAUACAGAUCACAGUUCACUCUAAUUCAGCCGUGUUUGUCCUAGUAUUAAAAUCACUUUGUUCUUCAUAUACAUGCUCAGCGUUAGAAGCUUUAUUAAACUGAUCUGAUCACUUUGUGGACUUUGUUUGCCUUUGCUGUCUGUGUUUCAGCCCUGUUAGUAAGGUAUCUGAAUGUAAUCAAAGGGAAAACAUUUUCUGAAGGUAGAUCUGAUGGUGCUUUGUUAGAGUGGUGAGGAGAUUAAAAGGAGUCAGCAUGCAGAAUGGUAUUAUGGUCUGUACAGGGGCAGAAUUUCCAGGGGGGUUAGGGGGGUUAUGACCCCCCCAAUAAUCAGACCCAACCAAUAUAACCAGCCCAAUAAAAUUAUGAAUUAU